AUGGGUCCCCACGGCAUCCCUGCAGGGGCAUCUUUGGUUCAGGCAGAGAAGGGGGCUCAGAGGUCACCUGCUGUGCUCAGGGUGCAGGGGGGUGACGUGCAGGCCAGAAUUCAGACACAGCUCUGCGCUUCCGCCCUCCUCUUCGGUUCCGGGUCAGAGCUUCGGACCGAGCUGCAGGCCUUCCUGCAAACGGGGGCCUUUGCGCCCCGAGUCCCUUCUGCAGGCUGGGAGGCCCAGCUCUGUUCGUGGUGCCCGCUGGACCCGCCGGACAGCCACUCCGAGAGUGAUGCCUCCGGGGGAAAGCAGCCGGUGGGAGAGCGUGGCAUAAAGAAAGCACUCAACGGAGGACGCGCCCUCCGCUCUGGAGAGGCGGCUGGCGCCACCCGCAGCCUGGAAGCGCGCGCUGCAGCCGGCACCUGCCGCCGCCUGGCGGGCGUGGGACAGGAAGCCGGAGCGCACACCGUGUCCCAGCCGCUGCGGGAGCCGCAGGGAGGGUGCGGAGCCCGGCGGACAGAACGCCAGGACCCGGAGGUGCAGGAGACUAACUUGACCGGAAACCCCGCCCCUGGGGGUGGGGGAGAAGACCGUUCUCGGUUGGCGCCUGCGCAGACCCGGGCAGGGGGCGGGGCUCUCUCGCGCAGCCGCCGUUGGCCCCGCCCCGCCUGCGCUCGAUUGCUCCUGUCUGGUGGCGGCAGCAUGGCGGCGGUGGAGGUGCUGGAGGUCGGCUCAGCCCCGCAGUUUGAGGAGCUGCUGCGCCUCAGAGCCAAGUCCCUGGUCGUGGUCCACUUCUGGGCGCCGUGGGCCCCGCAGUGCGCUCAGAUGAACGGCGUGAUGGUGGAGCUGGCCAGGGAGCACCCGCAGGUCUCCUUCCUGAAGCUGGAGGCCGAAGCCGUUCCUGAAGUGUCUGAAAAAUAUGAAAUUAGUUCUGUUCCCACCUUCCUGUUCUUCAAGAAUUCCCAGAAAGUCGACCGGCUAGACGGCGCGCACGCCCCGGAGCUGACCAGGAAGGUCCAGCGGCACUCCUCGGUGGGCUCCCUCCCGGCCGGGGGCAGCGAGCGCCCCCGAGAAGACCUGGAGGUCCGCCUGAAGAAGCUGACCCACGCCGCCCCCUGCAUGCUGUUCAUGAAGGGGACGCCGCAGGAGCCGCGCUGUGGCUUCAGCAAGCAGAUGGUGCAGAUCCUGAACACCCACAACAUCCAGUUCAGCAGCUUCGACGUCUUCUCGGACGAGGAGGUCCGCCAGGGCCUCAAAACCUUCUCCAACUGGCCCACCUACCCCCAGCUCUACGUGUCCGGCGAGCUCGUGGGAGGCCUGGACAUCGUGAAGGAGCUGGAAGCCUCGGGGGAACUAGACUCCGUCUGCCCCAAAGCCCCCAAGCUGGAGGAGAGGCUCGCCGCCCUGACACGGAAAGCUCCCGUGAUGCUGUUCAUGAAGGGAAGCCGGCAGGAAGCGAAGUGCGGGUUCAGCAGACAGAUCCUGGAGAUACUGAACAGCACUGGUGUCGACUACGAGACGUUCGACAUCCUGGAGGAUGAGGAGGUCCGCCAGGGGCUGAAGGCGUUCUCCAACUGGCCCACGUACCCGCAGCUCUACGUGCGGGGCGAGCUCGUUGGGGGCCUGGACAUCGUCAAGGAGCUGAAGGAAAAUGGCGAGUUGCUGUCCACGCUGAAAGGAGAAAACUGACGACCGCCCCGCGCGGCCUGAGCGCGGGAAGUGCCUCCAGACCUCGGAGCGGGGCUGAGUGCGGCCUCUGGACGCAAGGGGCGGGGCUUCUCCCGGCCCCGCCGCGCCCCGCCCCGUGCGCUCCGCGGGCUGUGCUAAACACACCUACGUUACGUUUUUCCACCAAAAACAGAAUGCAAUAAACACCCUGGGAUCCACAAAAA